AUGUCGACGACGGCGAGCAUCGUCCCGUCCGGGACCAGGACCGUGUCUCUAGUCACGUCGCUCGUCUCAACGCCCCUAGCGACGACUUCAUCGGCGAUUCUUUCCGCAACCACCACAGCGCCGGAUCCUGCUGCGACUUCGACCUACUGGGGGGAUGCGAGUCUGAACUCACACGACCAGGCAAACUCGCCUUCUGUAUCGAACCUGCGCGAGCCUUUCUAUGCGACCACAGUACCCAUGUGCUAUGCCCUGGCGGCCACAACUGUCACCUCGUAUAUGCUUCUCAUCAUGCUCUUCAUUACUCCCAGGUCUUUCUUGGAUGGUGGUGUUGUGUAUCUCGGCCGCCGUUCUGGCUUCACUCACAGCUCAUCGGGUGGUGACAAUAUUGGUGGUCGGCCAUGGCUUCAGAAAGUUGCGGCCCUUACAGUGGCAGUCUCUCUAACUAUCGCGACUUGCGACACAUUUCAUUUUCUAGCCGAACAAUACAAAUACGGCGCGCAAAAUGCCUCUGUCCUGCAGACAGAGGUUAUGGGAAGUGUGGAGCUCAGGGUCAUUCGGCUCGUGUCCAACUUUUUUCUCUGGCUGGCUCAGGCCCAAACGUUGAUCCGACUAUUCCCACGCCACAGAGAAAAGGUCAUCAUCAAAUGGGUGGCAUUUGCUCUAAUUACUCUCGAUCUCAUCUUUUCCGCUAUCAACAGUUUCAAGCAUGGCGACGUCAACCAGAACUAUAAUCCAAUGGCCGGGGGCUUCACACAUCCUAUCCCGGCGUUGAAUUACAUGUUUCAGCUACUCCUGGGAGUUUUAUAUGCGGCUUGGGUCAUAUAUUAUGCACUAAUGAAGAAGCGAUAUGCCUUCUACCACCCCUUGAUGAAGAACAUGUGCCUUUUGGCAAUUAUAUCAUUAACCGCUAUUCUCAUACCUAUAGUCUUCUUCAUUCUUGAUAUAUCUAACCCUACGUUUGCACGUUGGGGCGACUACGUGAGAUGGGUUGGGGCGGCGGCCGCAAGCGUUAUCGUAUGGGAAUGGGUUGAGCGAAUAGAGGCACUCGAGCGCGAAGAGAAGAAGGGAGGUGUCCUCGGCAGGGAGGUCUUUGAAGGAGAAGAGAUGCUCGAAGUGAGCGCUCUGGAUUAUCCAUGGGAUGGAAAACGAAAGCACCGAAAGAAUCACAGCUUGGGGGGCCUCGGAGGAAGUGGAGGAAGGGGUCAUGCAAGCAGCCACGUCAACGGCAAUGCAUAUAAUGGCGGCUUUGGAAGUCUAAACAACCGUAGUCGCACGCAGUCCAAUGGGCGGUCAACUAUAUCGGCCAUCACUAGCCGACAACGCCGCACUACGGCACCAGGCCAGGCUCCUGAGCAGAAUACACAGCGAACGAUUGGGGACAUUUUCCGGCCUCAUUGGCCUGCGCGGCCUGCUGCCGCCAUGACCCCGGUCAGCAGAACAGAUACCCCCAGCGCCGCGAGCACGGUGUAUGCUGUCCGAUAUCAGCCUUCGUCAGAGACAACAGGCCGUACGCCAGACCUCUUAGCACGGACACCAGAUUUACACACUUCACAUAUUGAGCAGCAAUCACAUUCUCCUGCGAAUACGAAUUCACAACCGCUACCUCAAUCUUCACCACCAGAACAGAAUCAACAAACCACUUCAGAAUUAACCAGACAAAACAGUUCCCCACAGACUUGCCAGACUCGUGUAGAGACUUCAUCGCCCAGACAGCAAAGCGGCCACGGAACACGGCCAUCAACAAACAGUACACUGGAUUUAGAGGCAAACUCGCCAAUGCCGAGUCGGACAGACCGAUGGCGAGCACUGACACAGGCAUCCAGCCGCCGAUCACCAACGCGGCAACGGCAGGCGUCCACUCGAGAAGUGAGCCGGCAUGACUCAAUGGGAAGCCGGUGGGACAUCAAAUCAAGAUUAGAGAUGUUUGCGGCAAACCAAGCAGACAAGAUCCGCGAAAAGCUCCGACCGACGACUGACACGGACAGUCUGCCGGUGACAUUUAUCCCGGCACCUCCACGGCAUGGCACAGCGCUCGAGCAGGUACUAGAGGAAGAAGGAAUAAGCCGGCGGUCCACGUCGUCGGAUUCAGACGAUGAACAACCAAGGAUUCAAGGUCGGGCAAGGCAUGUUGGCAACGGUCAGAGUGGCGAUCUGCCUGGCGGUCCAUCUAUAGACUCAGUGAGCCCUCCUCUCUGGCCUGGAGUCAGACGGCGUCUAGUGACGUAUGAGAACGAUGACGAAUAUUCCUACACGGAUGAGUCUCUUGAAUCGAGCAGCGACGAAGACGCCAGGGAGGAUGAAUCGGAGGAAGACUCGGGGCCUCCAAGAGGUGGUGGCACUGAUGAAUCAGCUCACAGAUAA